AUGGGUCACUACGGUAAACAUAUAAUCGAUCCUGAGACCGGCUUAUGUGAAAUAUGUGAUAAAGAUGCUAUUCAUGAGAUUCGUACAGGUCAACAACCAGGAAAACAAGUUUAUUAUUCAAACCACAAUGAUGGUUUUACUUAUCGUUCAAAUAAUGAUGAAAGUCCUUAUAUUCAAGAUCGAUAUGACGAUGAAAUAGAUGAUGAACCGACACCACGUGUUAUCCGUAAAUCUGUUCUUCCUGCACCAGCAGGUCGACCACGUCGAGUUAUUCGUGAAGAACCAAUUGAAAAACCAAUUCUUAUUCGAAGAAGAGCUGUUCGACAUAAUCCUGGACCACCAGAAGAAGUUAUUAUUCGUCGUUCAUCACCUCGUCACAAAACAUACUAUUAUGUGGAUAAAGAAGGUCAAAUGUUACCUCAAAACUACACUCCACCAGUAGAACCUCCUCGACGAUAUGUUGUUCAAGGUACGCAUCCACCACCAGCGCGUACAAUUCGUGUUGCACGUCGACAUGCUCAAACACCUCCACCACCAGCAACUGAAAUAAGACAUUCAGGGCCAAGACGUCUAAUCAAUUCUGAUACAGAAAUUAUUGAACGACAACAGAGAGUAAGACAUGAUGAUACGUAUUUUUCUCAAGCACCAUCAAGAAAUGCUGAAAUGUAUCAUAUUGAAGCACAACCUAUUUAUGAUCGUCAUUCAUCAUUAGAUUCUCCUAUUCCAACAACACGCGACAUGACUACUCCACCACCUAAAGUGAUCUAUCAAGAUGAUGGAUAUAGAAAACAACGUAAAAUUGAACCUAUGGAACGAAAAACUCAUAUUGAGCCUGAACCAACUGUUGUAAGAAGAGUUUAUAAAAAAUUACCACCAGGCAAAUCUGUACCACCUGAUGAUAAAUAUAAUUCAAAUGAAAGUUUUCCACGACCUGUACGAAAUAAUAAAAAUCAUCCUCCACCAAGACAAUAUGUAUCAUCCCCACAGUUAGCAAACAGAAAUAAUAGAAGUCCUGUAUCAACUAAAAAUCCAUCUAUCUAUUAUAUUCGACCAGUUGAUGAAUAUUGA